CCGGUACUUGAGUAGUGAGCGGUUCCAGAAUAUAUAAACAACAGGCUAAGCAAAAGUGCAUCAGUCGCUGAACUUAUCCUGCAGUUGCAAGCGAGACAAACACUGAGCAAGAUGAUUUCCGUACGAGCUGUUCUGGUCGUCGUGGCCCUGAUCGCCCUCGCGUCCGUGGCCCUCGCGAUGCCAGGCUACGGAGGCUACAGGCCGUCUUACCACGGCUCUUCCCACGGCUUCCACGGCUCGUCCCAUGGCUCCUUCGGCUCUCACGGCUCCUUCGGCUCCCACGGCUCCUUCGGCUCCCACGGCUCCUACCACCGACCCUCCUCCGGAUACUACAGGCCCCACGGACACCGCUGGUGAGGAAUCGGACGCGGGAACAAGACGCUGAUUUUGGCGGGAAUCGAGGAAGGAAGAAAGUUGUUUGGGUUUUUGUUUUGCUUUUUUAUGGGGAUGUUAUCGCUCUACCGGAGAU